AAGAAUCCUGCAAUCUGCCUUCAUAGGAUGUGUCAAGUUUCAUUAUUUUCAUCAAAAUCUAGUGAUAGAAGCUAGAGAGAAAGAUCCUUGAUCAUUAUUUGUAUACAUCACUACAAUUCAAGAACUGCAAAAAACAAGGAAAAAAAAAAUGGGAGGCCUUUUUAGGUGUGCUGAUAGUGUUGACAAGCUGUUCAUGCUCAUCGGCACCGUGGGCUGCAUCGGUGAAGGCAUGGCGUCUCCGGUCACCAUGUACGUGUUGAGCGGAGCAUUAGACGCCUUUGGCAGCGCGGAUCAGUCCAUUUCCAACGACGUGGUGAAUAAGUAUGCACUUAGGCUGCUCUACGUUGGUGUGGGAGUUGCAUUUUGUGGUUUGUUAGAAGGGCUUUGCUGGACAAGAACUGCAGAGAGGCAGACAUCAAGAAUGAGGAUGGAGUACUUGAGAUCAGUUCUCAGACAAGAAGUGGGAUUCUUCGACGGCGAAGAUGUUUCUUCUAGAACCUUCCAGAUUGUGUCAAGCACAUCUAGUGAUGCUCUCACUAUUCAAGAUGUCAUAGCUAACAAGAUACCGAAUUCCCUCGUGCAGAUCUGCUCGCUCGUGGUUGGCGUUGCAGUCGCCCUCGUGCUCUCGUGGCACCUCGCGUUAGCCUCUCUCCCACUAGUGCUCAGCUUCAUCAUCCCAGUUUUGGCAUUUGGGAAGGUGAUGGCUGACAUAGGCAUCAGGAGCAAGGAUGCCUACGGCGUGGCAGGGGACAUCGUGGAGCAGGCAGUCUCCAACGUACGAACCGUCUACUCGUACGUGGCUGAGGCGAAGACAGUGGCGAGGUACAACAGCGCGCUUGAAGAGAGCACGGAGCUCGGGAUCAAGCAAGGGCUGAUGAAAGGGUACAUGAUAGGGAGCAUGGGGAUGAUGUUCGCAACUUGGGCGUUUCAGGCGUGGGUCGGGGGCCUCCUCGUCACAGAAAAAGGCGAAAAUGGCAGCCGUGUCUUCAUCUCCGGCGCCUGCAUCAUCAUCGGAGGACUAUCCUGCAUAAAUGCUCUGCCAAAUGUGCCUUACAUCACGGAGGCGUCAGCUGCAUCGAGGAGGAUAUUCGAGAUGAUCAACCGCGUACCUGAAAUAGACGUUGAAGACGAAAACGGGAAGGUUUUAGCUGCUGUGAAGGGGCAGAUUGAGUUCAGAGAAGUCCAUUUCAGCUACCCCUCAAGGAAAGAUGAGGCAGUUCUUGAAGGGCUCUGCCUCAAGAUUAGGCCUGGCCAGAAAGUUGGCCUUGUGGGCGGGAGCGGCUCCGGGAAGUCGACAGUCGUCUCGUUGCUCGAGAGAUUCUACGAUCCUACGAAAGGAGACAUACUACUUGAUGGCCAUAGGAUCAAGAAACUGCAGCUGAAAUGGUACAGGUCUCAGUUUGGCCUAGUGAGCCAAGAGCCAGUGCUGUUUGCCACAUCUAUAAAGGAGAAUGUGUUGUUUGGGAAAGAAGAUGCUUCUCUCGAGGAGAUCGUAGCUGCGGCCAAAUCCGCCAACGCGCACGAUUUCAUCGUCGAGUUCCCUCGGGGGUACGACACGCGUGUAGGGCAGCUCGGGGUCCAGUUGUCGGGCGGGCAGAGGCAGAGGAUCGCCAUAGCACGAGCACUGCUGAGGAACCCGAGAAUUCUUUUGCUCGACGAGGCCACGAGCGCGCUUGACGCUCAGUCCGAGAGGCUCGUGCAGGAGGCCGUCGACCAAGCUGCAAGGGGCCGGACAACGCUACUGAUAGCUCACCGUCUCUCCACAAUCCAAGCCGUUGAUACGAUCAUGGUUCUUGAAUCGGGGAGGAUUGUCGAAUCGGGUAGCCACGACGAGUUGUUGCAGACCGGAAGUGGAGAAGGCGGAAUCUACAGACGAAUGAUGAAUCUUCAGACGUCGUCUGUGAACAAUGAGCUCACAUCAGACGAAACAAGUCAUAUUCCACAGAGACUGAUGAAUUCCAACAGUAUCAAAUCUUUCAACGGCUCGAGCUUACAGGAUAGCCCUGUUUCACCAAUCGCGCCUACAUUGCCCUUGAGCUUGCUCUCGUCUAUACAAAACAGCCCGGUUUCCUCGUUCAGUGACCCUUAUGGAGGAGACGAGAAGUCAGAUCCUUUGUCUCCUCCAGAUCCUCCACUCUGGAAGUUGCUGCAUAUGAACUCGCCAGAGUGGAGGAGAACCUUACUCGGCUGCUUAGGAGCAGUCGGAUUUGGGGCAGUUAUGCCCAUAAAUGCAUACUGCAUGGGAGCUCUCGUCUCUGCUUACUUCGAGGUUACGCCCUCGAAGAUCAAGUCAGAGACAAGAUUCUACUGCUUCGUCUUCUUGGGCCUCGCGCUCGUGACCCUAGUCUCGAACAUCCUCCAGCAUCACAAUUUUGCAAUCAUGGGAGAGAGGCUAACAAAACGCCUCCGUGAAAAGAUCCUCGAGAAAAUUCUAACGUUCGAGAUCCUCUGGUUCGAGAAAGAGACGAACACGACUGCUGCAAUCUGCGCCAGGCUCUCCACGGAGGCAAACAUGGUCCGUUCCCUCGUGGGGGACCGCAUGUCCCUCCUAGUCCAAGUCGCCACCAACGCCCUCCUCUCCUUCGCCCUCGGCCUGAUAGUCGCCUGGAGGCUCGCGGCCGUCCUGAUCUCCAUCCAGCCGGUGAUCAUCACCAGUUUCUUCUUGAAAACGGUGAUGAUGAGGCAGAUGUCGAUCAGAGCCCAGGAGGCCCAGGGCGAAGGAAGCCAACGAGCAAGUGAGGCAGUGACGCUUCACAGAACCAUCACUGCAUUCUCCUCACAGGGAAAGAUUCUUUCCCUAUUCGAGGCCACCCUGGCGGGGCCGCGGGCGCAGAGCCUACGCCAGUCCUGGAUCUCCGGGGCAGGGCUCUGCGCCUCGCAGUUCCUGACCACGGCCGGCAUGGCGCUGGCCUUCUGGUACGGCGGCACGCUGAUGGGGGAGGGGCGGCUGAGCUCGAGGCAGCUCUUCCUCACCUUCUUCAUCCUCAUGAGCACCGGCAAGACCAUCGCCGACGCGGGCGCCAUGUCCUCCGACAUAUCCAAAGGCCGCAGCGCGGUGAGCUCCGUCUUCGCGAUCCUGGCAGCUUGCGAAGGUGGGGCCCAGGCGCCGGGAGCGAAGUUAGACGACGAGCUGGAGGGGAAGAUAGAAUUCGACGACGUCUACUUCUCCUACCCGUCGCGGCCCGCGCAGGCGAUCCUGCGCGGGCUCUCCCUGAGGAUCGAGGCCGGGAAGACGGUGGCGCUCGUCGGAGAUAGUGGCUGCGGGAAAUCGACGAUCGUGGCGUUGAUCGAGAGGUUCUAUGAUCCGAUCAAGGGGAGGGUUCUGAUCGACGGUGGAGAUAUCAGGAGCUAUGAUGUGAGAGAGAUGAGGUCGCAGAUAGCGUUGGUGAGCCAAGAACCGGCGCUUUUUGCAGGAACCAUCCAUGAAAACAUCAUCUACGGCAGGGAUGGAGCCACGGAGGCUGAAAUCGAGGAAGCUGCAAAACUAGCAAAUGCUCAUGAAUUCAUAAGUUCGAUGAAGGACGGCUACAAGACUUACUGCGGCGACAGAGGAAUCCAGUUGUCGGGAGGGCAGAAGCAGCGGAUCGCACUCGCACGUGCGAUCAUCAAGAACCCUAAAAUCCUUCUUCUCGACGAGGCGACCAGCGCUCUCGACAGCUUGUCCGAGAAUCUGGUGCAGGAGGCGCUGGAUAAGGUGAUGGUGGCCAGAACUAGCGUAGUAGUCGCGCACCGCCUCUCCACGGUGCAGAUCGCCGACGCCAUCGCGGUCGUUAAGGACGGCAAGAUCGUCGAGGAAGGAGCUCAUGAGGAUCUCAUUGCAAUUGGAGAUGCUGGUUUCUACUAUUCUCUAGUCAAGCUUCAACAUCACUCUCUCUCCACACCCCAUUAAUUAAUUGUCUAGUAUAGUGUUCGUGUUCGUGUUAGGGCUUGUUAAUUGCA